AUGGGUGCCCCCGGGUCGGCGUCCCCCGCCCCAUCCCACUUAACCGGAUCGCAACAUACGAGGGGAAAUAGUGCUAGUACAGACACGGCGUCGUUCGAUCACAAGUUCGGCUCUGACGGUAAAGACGACCAUGCCGAGGUCCGACGCUCUAUGUACGGUCACAAUAAUGGAAGCGCAUUACAACGUCGGUCAUUUGCGCAAUCGUUUCAACAAGGUAUACGUCGUUAUCCGACAAGGAAAAUUAAGCUUGUACAGGGUUUCGUCUUGAGUGCCGAUUAUCCAGUCCCAAGCGCAAUCCAAAAUGCGAUGCAGAAAGAAUAUCGCGAGUCAGAGGAAUUUGUUGAAGAAGUUUCUCAUCUACGAUACACGGCGGCGACAUGCGAUCCGGAUGAAUUUGUUAUGCGAAACGGCUACAAUCUUCGCCCUGCUAUGUACAGUCGACACACAGAACUGUUGAUCGCAAUCACCUGUAAAAGCGAAAACAAAGUUCUCACAGCCGGGACACUUCAUGGAGUCAUGCAAAAUAUCCGCGAUAUCACGAAUCUAAGGAAGUCUGAGUUCUGGAAUAAAGGUGGACCAGCCUGGCAGAAGAUCGUCUGCACUGUGAUUUUCGACGGCAUCGAUGCUUGCGACAAGAACACUCUCGACGUAUUAGCGACAAUUGGUGUGUUCCAAGAGGGUAUUAUGAAGAAGUCUGUGGAUGGCAGAGAGACCGUGGCGCAUAUUUUCGAAUACACGACACAACUUUCUGUUACCGCCGACCAACAAUUAGUUCGACCACAAGGAGACGAGUCGACUAAUUUGCCACCUGUGCAGAUGAUACUGUGUAUGAAACAAAACACAAGCAACAAAAUCAACUCACAUCGCUGGAUCUUCAACGGUUUCUGUCGCAUGUUGAACCCCGAAGUCGUGGUUCUUCUAGAUGCGGGGACAAAGCCCUCGAAAAGGGCUCUGCUUGGUCUAUGGGAGGCGUUCUAUAACAAUGAAAACCUCGGUGGUUCUUGUGGAGAGACGCAUGCCAUGCGCGAUACAAGAUCAUUGAUCAAUCCUUUUAUCGCGGUUCAGAACUUCGAAUACAUGAAAUCGAAUAUUCUCGACAAGCCCUUGGAAAGUGUAUUCGGACACGUUUAUCUCGGUGCAUUCUCAGCUUACCGAUAUCGAGCUAUUAUGGGUCGUCCAUUGGAACAAUAUUUCCAUGGUGAUAUGACUCUAUCCAAGAAGCUGGGCAAAAAGGGUAUCCAAGGAAUGAGCAUUUUUAAGAAAAACAUGUUCUUAGCCGGUGAUCGGAUCUUAUCAUUUGAAUUGGUUGCAAAAGCCGGUUCGAAAUGGCAUCUUUCAUUUGUCAAGGCUGCGAAGAGCGAAGCCCAGGUUCCUAAGGAUUUCACAGAAUUCAUCAAUCAACGAAGACAAUGGCUGAAUGGCUCAUUCGCAGCAAACCUUUAUGCCUUGAUUCACUUUGACCGUAUUUUCCGAAGCGGGCACAACGUUUUCCGCUUGAUGCUUUUCUAUUUUCAGCUGUUGUAUAACUUCUCUGGUCUGAUCUUGACCUGGUUUUCCCUCGCAUCAUUUUGGUUGAUUACCGCUGGAAUAAUGGAUCUUGUGGGUACACCAGGCUCGCAUAAUAACUAUUUGGCCUGGCCAUUUGGUAAUGAAGCUUCGCCGAUCGUGCACACUUUCCUCAAAUAUGGCUAUGUGGUGUUUCUGGGUCUUCAAUUCAUUCUAUCUCUUGGAAAUCGACCUAAAGGCUCACGACUUCUCUAUCUCCUCACAUUCCUAUACUUCUCUAUGGUCCAGCUCUAUGUCACGGUUUUGGCUUUCUACCUGGUAGGAAACAAUACGAGCAGCAACAGCUUCACCGUGGACCUAGAUGAAGAUGCCAUACAAUCCGAGACCUGGAACGCGUCGGCAUCAAACAUGGUGCUGAUCUCCGUGGUCUGUACAUAUGGUGUUCACCUUGCGGCCAGUAUCCUCUACAUGGAUCCAUGGCACACAAUUACAUCUUCUUGGGCCUACUAUGCGACUACAACAUGCUCUUCGAACAUCAUGAUGGUAUACGGCUUCUGCAACUGGCACGAUGUCUCACUUGGAACACCAGUGGCGGAUAAAGCCGAAUCUUUGCCCGAAGCCCAGACCAAAAAGGAUGGCAAGUCCAAAGUCAUCGAGGAAUUGGACAGGCCGCAAGUUGACAUUGAUACUCUCUUUGAGACUACGGUCAAGCGAGCUCUUGCACCAUUUGAGCCCCCGCCCGAGGAGAACGAGAAGAGUAUGGAUGAUUCAUAUAAGGCAUUCCGUACUACUCUGGUAGUGUUAUGGGUAUUUAGCAAUCUCAUCUUGGUCCUCCUCAUGAACAGCGUCGGUAUAGAGCGAUUCUGUCUCACAAAUGGACCCAGCACGCGUGUUUGGAGCUAUGUUAUGGCCGUGAUGUGGGGAACUGUUGGGAUCUCACUCUUUCGUUUCGCAGGCUCUAUCUGGUUUCUCGUCACAUCGGGGGUGUUUAAAUGCUUUUCUCGUCGUUAA